AUGGUGACUUUGCAGUUGCCUUGCGCCUCCAACUGGACCCACACGCAGGUCCUUUGCCUCCUCCGCCGCCAAAUGGCCGGUGUGGAGUGCGAGAUGCUUCUCGACUCGCACAGGCAGCUCGCCCCAGAGCCGCCUGCGGAGCCCGUUGCGCCUACAUCACCGCUUCCACCUCAGGGCCCACCUCCGGCUUCGCCUUUGCGCAGGCUGCCUGAGGAGACUUCCACUCAGCUGCCAAAAGCAACAAGCUUGGGACCGGAGUUCUGUGUGACGGCAUCUCCGACGCCAGGAGCUCUCUCAGCAGCGCGCAAGGAGCUGCACACCUGUCCCUUCUGCGGCCACGAUGUCGACCCGGGCGCCAACUUUUGCUCGAAUUGUGGCGCUUCGCUGGCACCCGGCUCCAGCAGAGGCAAGUUUCUGUCGGCCUCCCUGCCCGCCACGCCUUUGCCGCAAAGCUCGGCGAAAUCCGCGGCCUCAACUGGGAUUGCAGAGUUGUCGGACCUUGGCACGAGGGACUCGGCCCUUCAGAAGGAGGUGGAGCGGCUCCUGAAGGCGAACUUGGAGCUACAAAGUCAGGUCGCGGCGAAGAAGGAUCUGGCGACUGAUGCUUUCAGAGGCUCUCCAGCCAGGCCGCCCAUUUCCUCCCCAAGGCCCCAGCGCGACGAGGCUCCUCGAUUGGAGCCCUUCUGCAAGGGUGGCGCGGAGGAGCGCUGGUCCCAAAGUCCGGAGCAGCCCCUGCGCACAGCACCGAGCGAAGCACGAGGUGCGGCGAGCUGUAGCCAGCGUGGCGAGGCGUGGCGACUCGUAGUGCCAGAACUGCGUGCGACAUCUGCCAAGGACUGUCGUGCAUCGGGCGGUUCUGAUGCAUGGUCGAGUUCGGCCAGACGUUCUCCUGCCGGAGGCGACGGUGCACAUCGUAGCCUGGCAAGUGGCCCACUCCUCACGGAGAGGGAGGUGCUGGAAAAUCGUAUCCGUGGCGAGGACCGUGCGCCAGGUCCUAUAUGGUUGUUAAGCCAGCAAAAUCUCUUAGUCAUUCUACGGCUUGCAAAGGGCAGCCCGUGCGGUGGCACGCUGCUCUGCGCAGCAAACGAGCGUGCUUCCAACAAGUGUUUCGAGCCAAUGUUCUUUGAUGAAAUGCUCGGCGUGCUGCCCGCAGAGGUUCCCGGUUGUCCCAUUGACUCGACCCCCGGCACGCCGGCAGUACAGAGGCCAGCCGAGACUAUUUCGAAGAGAAACAGAAGUUCUUGCGAUCUCCUGGACUCAGCGGAGACUUUGCAGCGAGAGCGGGCUCUCGUUGAACUGGAGGAGUUCAACAGGACACUGGUGGCUACCCGUGCUUCAAUGCAGGGUGUUUCUUCAGAGCUGGCAGCUUUUCUUUCGAACUCCGAGCACGAACUGGUCGAGGCUCGUAUCGGCUUCCGAGCCGCCACAUCCAAGGUUCAAGAGCUGCAGGAAGGCAUGUGCGACUUGCAGAAACAGGUUCUCCUGACAGAGAAGGACGCGCAUCGGUGGGAAACGGAGUGCCGCAGUCUGUCCCAGAAGCUCCGGUCUCUGGAGGAGGUGCUGGCUGCUCAGCGUGGUGAGCUUAUGGCCUCUGAGGUCUGCCGGUUGCAAGCGGUUCGGGAAGCCAGCGUUCAUGAGGAGCGCCAUGAACUGGCCUUGACGCAGAUUGCAGACGGUGAGAGGGAGCGUGAGUCUUUGGAGCUGGCCAACAUGUUGCUGAAGGCAGAGUACGAUGACUGUCUGAACGAGAGACAGGAGCUCCUUGCACAGAAAACCUGUUGUGUUUGCAUGCACUCACUGCGCAGCGUGGUCCUGCGCCCCUGCUCUCACUUCGCGCUGUGCACGGAGUGCGCAGAGCGGAUUUCCAGCUGCCCAAUGUGCAGAGUUCCAGUCGAACACAGAAUCGUUGUGAUGUUGUCCUGA